AUGAAUAAUAAUGAUGAUAAAGAUACAGAUAUAUUCUUCUCAGAUGUAUUUAGAAAGGUGUUUAGAAAUAAGGUUUUAUUAUAUUGUAUCUUUAAACAAGUUAGAAUACAUCGGCUAGAGUAUUUGGGAGAUGGUAGUUUACCUGCUGAUCCAAUGCGAAUGUACAGAUACAAAGAUAUAAAGAGUGUCACGUGGAUGAUUAGAAAUCGAUAUCCAAGACUACUCAAACACAAGUUGGUACAUCGACAUUUAACAACAUUACUCAAUAGUAAUGAUGUUGCAUUGUUGUGUGAGAUGGUGACUGAACAAGAUAUUGACGUAUUUAACUAUAUCUACUUUAAAUAUAGUCAUCUAUUUCUUUGUAAUAGUGUCGUUAAUUCGGCAGCAAAGAAUCGAUCAACAGUACACCCACUCAAGUUAAUACUAUCAAGAACACAACAAGACGGUGGUUAUGCAAUGUGGAGUAUCAGUACAUUACGUGGAGCUGCAUCGAGUCGAUCAGUCCCAUGCACGAGCUUUCUUCUCGAUCGAUUGGGGAUGAUCAUGUCUGGACAACUUCAAGAUCCUCUCUUUUCACAUGAUGACAGUGCGUGUACCUUGGAGCUACUCGAAUUGUUUAAUUCAUGGAGAGGUGAUCCAGGGAAUCUAGAAGAGAUGGCUCGUCUACUAUGUCAGUUUAUCCAAGAACUUCCUCCCAAUCUACCGGUCAUGCCACAAGUCACCUUUCAACCAUUUCCAAUCUCAUUUCAGUAUCUGCAACCCUCCCAUUUCCAUCUACCACUUGAUGUAUUUAGAGUAGUGUUCUCGGAUUCAUUGGGAUCGACGACGAUGACAAUGACGACUCAAAUCACCGAUAGUAUAACAUCCAAGUAUAUGCUCUGGCUGGGUACCAUCCCAUCUGAUUACUUGACAGUCGACGAAAGACAACCACCCGCCAUCCGUAGGUCACCCAUGGACACACUCAAGAGAAUACGAGCGCACCAAAACUACACUCAUCAACGAUAUAACCCGUUACCUGUGACACGUAGUAAUAUUGAAAUGAUAGAAUAUAUCGAAUCAAAACUGGCCACCUAUCAUAGUGGACAACAAAGAAAGAGUAUCAUCGAGUGUAUGACGGACAAUGACAAGGAAAAUGACAAUGAUGAAAAGGAAUAUAAAUGGGUUUACUUUAGAUGGAUGAUAGAGUCUGGUAGAGUACAUAAUAUUCCAUCGAAAAGUGGAUGGGUUCAAGUCAUGAUAGAAGCUGCCGUAUUGGAACAACGAGAAACAGAAUUAAUGUUACUAUUGUCAGACCGUAGGGUGCAAGACAAUGUCGAUUGGGUGUUUACUUACUACCACGACCACGGCAACAAAGUUGCCAAUUCCAUUAUCCGAAGAGAAAUUAAAAAGGCCAACCCAACCACACAAUUUGUUACAUGUAUAGAUGAAGUGGACAAGGACAGUAACUAUUUCAACCAAGAAUACCAUCAACAAAAUAACGUGCAUAUUGAAAGAGUAAUCAAUCGUGCCAUCAAAGGUGGUCAUUUACCUUUUAUUAAAAAGAUAUAUGUUGGUAGUGACGUCGACAUGGAUAUCUACGUCAGACAACUCAAUUUUCUAGACAAGGCAGCUCAAUACAACCAAUUUAAAAUUUCAAAGUGGUUGAUCAAAAAGAUUAAAUCUGAUCCAUUGAAAGACAUGCUUCACAAAGUUAUAGCUAUUCAGACAGCACUAGAAACAGCAUUGUUUUGGGGACACUAUCAAAUCACAGAUCUAAUCCUAUCACAAGUGCCAAAAGAUUAUAUCUUUUCAUUUGAUUUGCUUCGAGUGGUAGCCAUCUCUGGAAACCUCGAGUUCUUUAGAGCAAUCACCAAGUUUGUCGAAAAAGAUUAUGGAAACGACCAAUUGCGCCAAACAUUAUCAUCGGCAGUACAAAGUGGAUCAAUUGAAUUGGUACAAUAUAUUAUCAAUGAUCUCUUGAAAUGGAAUAGUGUAUUGUUUCCAUUUCUUGCUUUUAGUCUUAUCCCCGAUGCCAUUCAAUAUGGUCACUUUGAUAUUGUCAAACUUUUUCUAGACUCUACUCGAUGCACCCCACAAGACUUGUCAGAGCUUGCAACAUAUGCUAUAAACUAUGGUCGGUAUCAAGUGCUAGACUAUCUUGUUCAAAAGUGUGGCUAUCAAUUAUCACACAAUGAAAUGCAAAGAAUUUUCAGUGGCCGUGAAAUAACAAUGCUCCAAUACCUCUUUAGUGAUCACUGUCGAUUAGAUAACUUUGAAAUGUUAAAACAUUAUCGGAUCACUUUUAAAAGUGGUCGUGCUUGGUUCAUCACAAAAAACAAUAAACAAUUAUUUUCCAUCUAA